CACCGUGACCUCACCAACAUGGCGUCGGCCGGGUAGCGGCUACAGCGGCAGCUUCACUUCCGCUUCGAGAAAAGUCGGAAGUUUUCUCAUCAGCGCGGUUGUUGUUAUCGCACAGUUGGCGACGCGCGGCGACAAGAUGGAGUCGAAGAGUCCGGCGAAGCUGGAGUUCGCGGUGCAGAUGACAUGCGAGAGCUGCGCGGAGGGAGUCCGAGCAGCUCUGCGGGAGGAACCAGGAGUGAAGUCUUUCAGCGUGGACGUCAGCAGGGAGGAGGUAUUGGUGGAGUCGGCUCUUACCAGUGCGGAGGUGCAGGCUCUGAUUGAAAGCACCGGACGCAGGGCAGUGCUGAAGGGCCUCGGAGGAUCGGAGCGAGACCUGGGUGCGGCCGUGGCGAUGCUGGCUGGCGUGAGGAAGAUCCAGGGGGUGGUGCGUUUUCUGCAGCUGUCGGAGGAGCGCUGUCUGAUCGACGGGACCAUCGACGGGCUGGAGCCCGGACCUCACGGCCUCCACGUUCACGCCCUAGGAGACCUCACACGGGACUGUGGCAGUUGUGGCGAGCACUACAACCCUUUCAGGAGACAGCACGGUGGUCCAGCAGACGCCGAGAGGCACGCCGGUGAUCUAGGCAAUAUCGUCGCCGGACCCGACGGCAGAGCCUCGUUCCGGCUAGAGGACAGUCAGCUGAAGGUGUGGGACGUGAUUGGCCGCUCACUGGUCGUGGACGCGGGGGAGGAUGACCUGGGUCGAGGCCCUCCCCCUCUCUCCAGACAGACAGGAAACUCUGGGGAAAGACUGGCCUGUGGGAUCAUCGCCCGGUCCGCGGGCCUGUUCCAGAACCCCAAGCAGAUAUGCGCGUGCGACGGCGUCACGCUGUGGGAGGAGCGCGACAGGCCGAUAGCCGGCAAAGGUCGGCGCAAGGCCGACGCCGAGACGCCGGCGGCUCACCUGUGAACCUCGGGCACGAAUACUGAGAUUGGAUUUGAACAGAGAGAGCUCAGGUCGGGAGCACUGAGGAGUGCGUUUCCAAACAGCUUGAAAGACAAUCAAAGAAAAAAAUUACUGAAAUUUUCCUCUGUGACGAAAUCAAAUGACGUCUGGGGUUUUUAAAAUGCACUAAAGCAGAUAAAACAGGGCCGGGACUUUGUAAAAGUCACCUCUGAUUAGCUCCAUUAAUACCGUUUGACGUUUGUCAUUAACAUCUGUAUCGAUGCGCUCGUACGAUCGGAGGAAUCCAUUUUGGCUCAGAGUCGUGGCGGAGAUGAACGCCCUUUAAUUUGCUAUUAAAGUGUCCAAGUUAAUAACAUCAGACUUCUAAAAAAAAAGAGAUUGGGUUCACCAUAUUGGCUCUGUGAGCGUGUUGCAGGUUUUGCAUUGAUUUUUCUUUUUUCUUUCCAGAUCGAGCAUCUGUCCUGUCCUAGUAAUGCCUGAAUAAGCUUAUUGAAUUUCCCUCAAAACGUUCAGUGGGUGUCCUUUAACAUUUCUGUGAGGGUUGUGAAGGCAACUUGAAUUCAGGGCCCCCAGUAAGAAUUAAAAAAAAAAUAUAUAUAUAUAUAUAUAUAUAUAUAUAUAUAUAUAUAUAUAUAUAUAUAUAUAUAUAAAUAUAUUAGUCUUUGAAAAUGACAAAAAGCCCUUGGGAGUUUCCCACAGACCAAAAAAUGUCUUCAACUUGCCUUAAAAAAAAAGUCCUUAAUAUAUACAGUUGGUAGUGAUAUAAACUGUGAUGAAAUCCUUACAUAUGAAGAACUUCCACCAGAAAAUGUUUUGUUUUUUUGUCUGAUCAUUUGUUAAAUGUCCAGGUAUAUUCAGUUGGUGGUCAUGUAAAACAGGGAAAAAAGAAUAAAUCUUUACACAUGA